AUGUCUGUUGCACACAAGGCAAACGUACAGAGGGAACGCUGGCUCCCAAUAACGACCCAUCGACUUGUCAUUCGAGAAUUCGAUAUCGACGAUACACAAGGCUACUACACCCUCGAAAGCAACGACGACAACGCUCGAUACCAAGACUGGCCGCCUCGCACCAUGGACCAAUCUCGCGAACUAGUCCUGGCGAACAUCGAAAGCUCUACCGCAAAUCCGAGAACAAUCUGGGAACUUGUCGUAGAGAAAGAUGGAAGCAUGAUAGGGCGCGUGGGAGCAGCGCAGUCGCAACCCGAACGUGGUGUACAUUUUAAUCUCUGGUUCUCCUUUCUGCCGUCUGUUCAAGGCAAGGGGUACGCAACGGAAGCUAUGAAGGUUUUCAUUGAGGAGUUGGUGAGACAGAAGGGUGGCGAGGUUGUGGUUUUGGAGAUUGAGUGCGAUCCGAGGAAUGUUGGGAGUUGGAAGCUGGCGGAAAGACUUGGGUUUGAGAAGCAUAGUUUGACGGAGAAGGCAUAUGAGAGCUUUACUGUCGGAAAUUCGACAUGA